CCAAACACUUGUCCCCAGUAGCCAUGGCUGCUUAUUCUUCCUCUCUAUCAUCUAUCUUCAUUUGCUUCCUCUUCGGAGCAUUCUUGAUCUCCGAGGCCGUUGUUCCGGCCAACGAAACCUUCCGUUAUGUCAACCAAGGCGAUUUAAGUUUCGGUAACGACUACUUAGACUUUGUUUCCGAAUACGCACCAACUUACCGUCCACUUCCGCCCUUUACCUUCCCUUUCCAACUAUGUUUCUACAACACCACCCCAAACGCGUAUACUCUCGGUCUCCGCAUGGGGACAAUACGUUCGCAAUCGGUCAUGCGAUGGGUCUGGGAAGCCAAUCGCGGUAAACCAGUCCGCGAAAACGCCACUUUCUCAUUAGGCUCUGAUGGAAACCUUAUACUCGCGGAAGCAGAUGGGCAGAUUGUGUGGCAAACCAACACUGCCAAUAAGGGUGUUGUCGGUUUCGCUAUACUACCCGAUGGUAACGUCGUGCUUCGUGACUCAAGGGGUAACUUCGUCUGGCAAAGCUUUGAUUACCCCACGGACACUCUCUUGAUCGGCCAAAGUCUUCGGGUGAGAGGAGGUCCAUACAAGCUCGUGAGCAGGGCGUCGGUUACCAACAACGUUGAAGGGGAUUAUAGCUUCGUAAUCGAGCCUAAAAGAUUGGCUUUGUAUUACAAGAAUAACAUGCGCUACUGGUCAUCCACGUUCCCCGAAUUAAAUAGAGAAAAUGUGACUAUUGUAAAUGCAACGUUGGUAAUUCAAGAAACCGAGUACGAAGAGAACAACUUUAACGCACUCAGGUGUAAUCUUCAAAAUGGCCAGUCUUUUGAAUUUCCUACUUUAGAUUUGGGUCAAGUUCAGUACAAUAGCUCGUUAUCAUAUCUCCGAUUGGGCAUCGACGGGAACCUAAGACUCUACACUUACCGUGCAAAUGUGAGGGGAAACGCGGUGUGGACCUUGUUGUACACUUUGUUUGAUAGGCGCGAGGAUGAGGGUGGGAUGAUCUUUGAAGACGAGUGUCAGUUACCAAAUCGGUGUGGCAACUUUGGGCUUUGUGAGGACAGCCAGUGUGUGGGGUGCCCGACGCCAAACGGGGUGUUUGCGUGGAGCAAAGAUUGCAACACCAAGUCACCGGGAUGUAACGCGAGUGGUUUUAAAUAUUACCAGCUCAAAGGCGUUAAUCAUUUCACCGUUAAGUAUACGGCUGGGACUGAGCCCGUGAAGCAGAGCGAUUGCGAGAGCAAUUGCACCAAGGAUUGCAACUGUAUGGGUUACUUUUAUCACACGGAUAAUUCGAGGUGUUGGAUUGCUUACGAGUUGAAAACAUUGACGAGGGUUGGGAACUCGACUAGUUUGGCGUACAUCAAAACACCCGUUACCUAGAUCCGGGAUGUUGUAUAAACUAGAAAUAAAGAAGGUUAAGAUGAGCAGAAAAGCGACUAUUAUGUUUCUAACCUUCCAAUGUGUGUUUGUGUUGUAUUAAUAAUAUGCUCCAGCUUUAUUA